UUUCACUAAGCGAUCAGGGAAAUAUGGUCAACAAACUCACUCUAGUCGGCCUGUUGGCCUUGUUUAUUGUGGCAGCUGCUGAUCAGAAGCAACCUGAGAUCGCUCCCAUCUUGCAGCACUUACUGGAUACACAAUCUAUCCCAAAGCCACCACAGGGAUACGUUCCGACGGAGCAACGUUCAACGGCACACACUUUUCGGACACGGGUAGAUCAUUUCAACCCCCAGAAUCGCGAAACUUUCAACUUCGGGUAUUAUUCCAAUGAUGAAUACUACCAACCCGGCGGGCCGAUCUUCAUUUACGUCGGCGGGAACUGGCCUGUGAGCAACUUCUUUAUCGAACACGGGCACUUCCACGACUUGGCAGCUCGCCAGCAUGCCUGGCUGUUCGCCAAUGAGCACCGUUACUACGGUCAGAGCAUCCCAACGCCAAAUUUAUCGGUUCAAAAUCUUCGCUUCUUGACCGUUGAGCAGAGCUUGGUUGAUCUGGCCGAGUGGAUUAACCAUUUGCGCCGCAACGUUGUCCGUGAUGAUAAUGCGCGUGUCGUUCUGCUGGGAACUGGUUAUGCCGGUGCAAUUGCCACCUGGGCGCGCCAGCGCUACCCCCAUCUAGUGGAUGGAGUUUGGGUUUCCAGUGGGCAGCUCGACGCCCGACUGAACUACAAAGAAUAUGCCGUCCGGGUUGGAGAACUCAUUCGCCAGCAUGGAUCGAAUGAAUGUUAUGGUCGCAUCUGGCGCGCAUUUCGCACCGCUGAAAAUUUGAUUGACGCAGGACUUUCGAGUACGGUCACCGAGUUGUUUAAAACAUGCCAUCCAUUGAAUCCAGAAUCGAUGCUCGAUGCGGAAACUCUCUUCUUCAAUGUUAAGGAAAUUGUACAGGAGGCGAUUCUGUAUCUCAAUGCAAACGUAUCGACACCGAUUUUCUGCGAACAGCUGAACAACAAUACCGAGGCUACCGACCUGCAAACCUUAGCGAAGUGGAUUGAAAAUAAGUACUAUUAUCUGCAAUGCCUGACGUUUGAUUUCAACUCUACCGUUGAAGUGUUGCUGGAACUAGAGAAUCACUAUCCAGAGAACAGCAUCUUCGGGCUUCGCCAACGAACCUAUCAGCUUUGCACGGAAUUCGGCUGGUUCCGUACGGCUUACGCGGAUGAUCAACCUUUUGGCUACCGGGUCACCAUGUACUUCUUCCAGAAUAUUUGCAAGGCGGUGUUCGGGGAGUGGCUCACGAGUGAGGUCGUUGUCGAUGGAGUUCAUUUGACCAACAUGCACUUCGGUGGGAAGAAUCCUCGCAUCACCAACGCCCUGUUUACUAGUGGAGGACAGGAACCAGCAAGGGAUAUCAUGAUUACCGACUAUCACCAGCAGGGCUCGCGUGCCCUCGUUAUUCCCGGUUACAUGGCAAGUUCUGAUCUUGGCUCGGUCAGUGGAUACGAUUCUCCCGAACUGCUCGAAGCAAAGCACCAGAUAGAGUUGUAUGUUGAUAGCUGGUUGUACGAAUCAAUAAUGCCUCUCAAGUAAGAUGUUUAGAGGGAAUGUAGGAAAAAAUAUUGAAGUCAUUCUUUAUAUUUGCUGCUUGUUGAAAAUUGAUAUCAUCGCUUAUUUUAUAAAGAUGUUCAAAUAAAA